CCAGGCCGAGCACAGCGGCCGCGCGCAGCCGACGCGGGGACCGCGACCAGCAGGUGGAGUGCAGGCGCUGGGGUCAUUCAGUAACCAGAGCCUCUGGAGGAAAACACCUGUCCAUGGUGGGCCACCAGGAUCCCUGGCGCAGUUGACCCCAGGCCCUGCAGGUCGGACUCCCUUGAGGACAGCCAUCACCUGGCCCUGCUACUCUGUGCCUUGGGCCUUUUAAUGAAGGAGCUUGAGCCACAGGCUCAUCUUUGGUGGUCAGCUGUGGAUCGGGUGGCUUCCUGCCUUUCCUCCAUGACCCAGAAGACUAUCUACAGAGUGGGCACUGUCUGCACAGUGGAUCCCUGGGUUUGGACUACAGGCUCAUGGUUAGGACGGCUGUUCUCAGUGAAGGACCGUGUGCCCGCCCCUGAGCAGCGACCAUGGGCCUGCUUGCCUACCUGAAGACGCAGUUCGUGGUGCACCUGCUCAUUGGCUUCGUCUUCGUGGUGAGCGGGCUGAUUAUCAACUUCGUCCAGCUGUGCACACUGGCCAUCUGGCCCAUCAGCAAGCAGCUAUACCGCCGCAUCAACUGCCGCCUGGCCUACUCGCUCUGGAGCCAGCUGGUCAUGCUCCUGGAGUGGUGGUCCUGCACGGAGUGCACUCUCUUCACCGACCAGGCCACCAAGGACCACUUUGGGAAGGAGCACGUGGUCAUUGUCCUCAACCACAACUUCGAGAUCGACUUCCUUUGUGGGUGGACCAUGUGCGAGCGGUUUGGCGUGCUGGGGAGCUCCAAGGUGCUGGCUAAGAGGGAGCUGCUGUACGUACCUCUCAUCGGCUGGACAUGGUACUUCCUAGAGAUCGUAUUCUGCAAGAGGAAGUGGGAGGAAGACCAGGACACUGUCAUGGAGGGACUGAAGCGCUUGGCUGACUACCCAGAGUACAUGUGGUUUCUCCUGUACUGCGAAGGAACACGCUUUACAGAGACCAAGCACCGCAUCAGCAUGGAGGUGGCUGCCUCCAAGGGGCUGCCCCCGCUCAAGUACCACCUGCUGCCCCGGACCAAGGGCUUCACCACUGCAGUCCAGUGCCUCCGGGGGACAGUUGCAGCUAUCUACGAUGUGACCCUGAACUUCAGAGGAAACAAGAACCCAUCUCUGCUGGGGAUCCUUUAUGGAAAGAAAUACGAGGCAGACAUGUGUGUGAGGAGGUUCCCCCUGGAAGACAUCCCAGCAGAUGAGGCCGGCGCAGCCCAGUGGCUUCACAAGCUGUAUCAGGAGAAGGAUGCCCUGCAAGAGAUGUACAAGCAGAACGGUGUGUUUCCAGGGGAGCAGAUCAAGCCUGCCCGGCGGCCGUGGACCCUCCUGAACUUCCUGUGCUGGGCCACCAUCCUCCUCUCUCCCCUCUUCAGCUUCGUCCUGGGCGUCUUUGCCAGUGGAUCCCCGCUCCUCAUCUUGACCUUCCUGGGGUUUGUGGGAGCAGCUUCCUUCGGAGUCCGAAGACUGAUAGGAGUGACUGAGAUAGAAAAAGGAUCCAGUUAUGGCAACCAAGAGCUUAAGAAAAAGGAAUAAUUAAUGCUGUGAUUGAACACCCAUAACUUGACGCGGUAUCCAAUUAACUCAAUUAAAAACAGAACACACACGAGCGAGGGAAAGAGACACUUAGAGACUAUUUUUCUUAUUAACUGGUGACUAAUAUUAACAAAACUUGAGCCAAGAGCAAAGAACCCGGCCUGCCAGGUGAAGAUGCUCAGCCAGCACAGGCGGGGUCCCAUCGGCCCUCUGCGGGGACAGAGGCGGGCUUGGGAAGGUAGUGGGGCCAUGGGGCUCCCCCAGAGCUCUGCCUCCAAGAGGCAGCCUUGGCUGCUGUCCCUUCUUAAAUGUAGAAUGAGGCUUUUGUUUCUUAUCGGUUAUUUUGGGAACUUAAUCUGGCCUCAACCUUGUGCCCUGCACUCCAGAACACUGGCUCUUCAUGGGUGCCACUGUCCUCAUGGGGGCAGGUCAGCUGGAUCCUUGUCCUACAGAGCUCAUUUGUCCUGCCCUGCUUGGCACCUUCGCUUCUAGCCCUGGGGGGAGGGAGUCUUCUUAGAGAUAAGCACACACUGAAUGGAGAUCUGGCCCCUUGGUCCCUCCUCUGCCCAGGGCUGAAGACCACCCCUCCAUCCUCUGCAGCACCGUUGGCACAGCCUCUCUGUGGGCUGGGUCUAAGCACCUUAAGUCUCUUUCUAAAGUGAAUGCCCGAGAACUCUGCGGAACGUGGAAUCCAUGAGUUCACACAGCGCCUCCAGACAGCUCCACGGUC